UGUGCGUGUGUGUGAAUACUGUAUAUAGAUAUUUUUUUCAAGCGGCGUGCAACAUGAUCUUUGCACGCCGCUCAGAGGAGAGGGUAAGGCGGCCUCAGCAGGGCCGUGGCGACCGCUUCUAGAGCACGGCAGACGGCUUAGAGGAGGAGAAUGUGUCCGGUAGUUGUGUGACGACUGUUCGUACAAACAGGAGGAGCAGGACGGGGAGUUGUCAAGCUUGUCUGCGUCAAAUGUGUUGACCCUCCACUGGAUGGUGAUGAUCAUGAUGCCAUCGGUGCCUUUUAUUUGACUUUUUUGUUGUCGUCUUUUUUUUCCUCGACAUGAGCUCGCUAUUCUUCCCGGAUGCUGCACCCGCCACGGCCGCCAACGCGCCCUCGGCGGGCACCAACGCCCUGCGGAAUGACCUGGGCUCCAACAUCCACGUCCUCAAGACCCUCAACCUUCGCUUUCGCUGCUUCCUAGCCAAGGUCCACGAACUGGAGCGCCGGAACCGGCUGCUGGAGAGCCAAUUGCAGCAAGCCCUGCAGAGGCCGCACUACCGCGGGCUGUACGGCCGCGACGUGACCGUGCAGACGGACGGAGGGGGCGAGUCCAGGCUGCCCGGCACGAUCUGGUCCUUCACCCAUGUGCGCAAGCAAGGGGAGCGCCUGGAGACGCUGAGCGGGCCCGGCGUGUCGUGGACGCACCCGGACGGGGUCGGCGUGCAGAUAGACACCAUCACGCCGGAGCUGAGGGCGAUCUACAACGUGCUGGCUAAAGUGAAGCGGGAGAGGGACGAAUAUAAGAGGAGAUGGCAAGAGGAACUGUCCAAACGUGAGCUGCUGGAUUCUGCGGUGGAAUCCCUGCACCAGCGUGCCAAAGAGUCCUCCGAGAUCCAAGAUGACCUGAAUGACAAAGUGGAGAGACUAAAGGCGGAACUUGUGGUCUUCAAGAGCCUCAUGAGCGACCAAAUGUCUGACCUGGACUCCAAGAUUCAGGAGAAAGCACGGCGGGUGGACAUGGACAUCUGCAGACGCAUUGACAUCACAGCCAAGCUGUGCGAUGUGGCACAGCAGCGCAACUCGGAAGACAUGUCGAAGAUGUUCAGCGCCAGCUCGCUUCCAGAGACGGGUGCCUCGGUGGGCUGCAAAAGGAAAGAGCGUAAAGCGGUUUCCGACGAAGAUGUUUCCAACAUGGACGCAGAGCCCAGCCCUCUGGAGGAGGACACGCUCAAUAUCACAGACGAGAUGAAGCGCAUGCUAAACCAGUUACACUGUUCAGAUAACUCCUCUGUUGCCAGGCGCGAGACGUUCGACCUGGACGACGACUGCGACAGUCUGACAUGGGAGGAGAACGAGGAGACGCUGCUGCUGUGGGAGGACUUCACUAACUACAACGUGCCAUGCGGCAUCAUGACAAUGACGGCAAUACCGUCCUGUGCCAUCGCGCUCCCGAAUGAUGGAGGUGGCGAGGGCACAGAACCAGACUCCCAGGACAAAAGUCUCGGAAGCCUCAUCAAUGAAACAGAGUCCCUUUUCAAGAACAGAGAGAAGGAAUACCAGAAGACUAUCGGACAGAUCGAGAUGGAGUUGGCCACAGCCAAGAGUGACAUGAACCGCCACUUGCACGAAUACAUGGAGAUGUGCAGCAUGAAGCGAGGCCUGGACGUGCAGAUGGAGACUUGCCGGCGCAUGAUCAAAGGUGGCAGGAGCUCACCGUCGUUUAGCUCCGCGGCCAGCAGCGACUCAGGGAACACCGACGACAUCCAGGACGAGAUCUCGGACAAGGACGUCAAUGCCGAAGUUCCCGUCAGUUGAUGACCACUCGGGAACGUGGUGUGUUACAAUUAUCACCAAAAAGUUUUAAAAUAAAUAAAUAAGCUCACGGAGGUCAGCUCAGAAUUUUGGUGCUUUUGGAACUAUUUGGGUUAGUCACUGGUCAGAGUUGUCAGAGAAAAGGAUGCUCUUUUCCUCUCUAGAUAUUCACUCGGA